AUGUCAAACACAUCUCAAUAUACGGUGUUUGAAAUUAUAAUCUCUUCCUUUUCUCUUUCUUAUACUACAAAUGUCAAGGUUAAUUUAGACAUUAAUAUUAAUUCAGAUGCUGCUGAAUUAGAUGCUCUACAGAAGCAACUCGGUAGAAUGAACGGCUUAUCAAAUAAACUUGUGGGUAUAUUAGAUUCCUUUGAUGGUAGACUAUUACAAUUAGAAGCAUCUAUACUACCCAUUCAUAAGUCAACUCAAAACUUGACCAAAUUGGCAAACAACAUAGAUACGGCUUUGAAAUCAACAGAACACAUCAUCGAAUGCCUGAAUAUGCCCAGCAAGGAAGAAGCCUUUAUCCUAAAGGGACCUGACGAGAAUAAUGUGUUGCCUUAUUUAAAGGCAAUGGGAAGAUUAAAGGAUGGUGUGGAUGUUAUUGAAAAGAGUCAGUUGAAAGGUUGCGAAAAGACAAUAUAUCAAAUGAAACAAUUACAAAAAGCGGGUAUGCUUCAUCUAGAAACUCUGUUCAGAAAAUGGCUUUCGUCUGUUAGUAAUCCAGUAGAUAUCAAUACAAUGCUUAAUUCAAAUAGCGAAUUGAUGGCAACCGCUUCCGUAAAACAGCUUUCUCAACUGUCCAUUUACAUUGCUUCAUCUGAAAAGGAAACAGGAUACUCUGUUGAUUUUACAAAACCAUAUAUAGAAAUCAGAUCUGCAUUUCUACAAAAAUCUCUACAUCCGCUCUCUCAAUCUGUCCAGCAAUCAGAAAAGCACCAGGGUGCUUCUUACGAAAGAGGAUCAAGUGAGUUUUUGAAAUAUACCGAAUGCUAUGCCAAGAUGAUGGAGUCAGAAUACAAGUUUGCCCAACAAAUCAUGAGUAAUGAAACAAGAAGAGCAGCAGCCCUCAAAGGAUCGAUUACUCCUGCAACAUCUGAAUACGUUGCUGCUGGCAAACAAUUGAACGCAAUCGCUAAACGGUUAAAUUAUACAGAGACAGCAUUUGUCUUUGAUAUCAUUGAAAAAUAUGAUCGUGAGUGUUCCACUUACCUUGAGAACUUGGUGCAGCUUGUUCCUUUGACAGACGUUCAGGACAUGAUUAGUACAUUUAAAUUAACAGUGCUUCGAAACUUUUAUGAAUUUAUGGAAGAUAUCCGUGGCAGAAAAGAAGUCAAUCCCCAGAUGAAUCUGAGUAGCGAUGGUACUGUUCAUGAAAUGACUAGUAAUACUUUGAAUUACUUCAAGCGUCUCUACAUCUGGAGAGAUACAGUGGAGCCGUUGCUCAUUCUUAUUGGCGAUGGAGGUUGGAACACGAUGCCAUCGGUCGAUAUCCUCGCCAACGCUUCCAAUCGUAUGCCAUCAGGUGAAUCAGCCAUGGGCGCAGCCUUGCUGCAAAAGUUCUUUGUGGAUGCCCUGGAUCAGAUGACAGUCGCCUUGCAGAUUAAAUCGCGUGGAUACAAAAAACCGACCUUGGCUACUCUGUUUCUUUUAAACAAUUACAAUCACAUACUCCGUCAGAUACGAUCGCCUCCUUUGAAUGCUAUAUUUGACGAAGGAUCAGAGAUGAAGUUUGGUAAACUGGUCAAGAAGCAGUUGGAUGCCUAUCAAGAGUCUUGGAAACCGUGUGUCGAGAAUUUAAUGGAUGUAACGUAUGUAAGAGGCGGAUCUAUCAAGAGUUCGAUGGGAAGUGCUGAGCGUCAAUUAAUUAAGGAGCGAUUCAAGAAUUUCAAUAUGGAAUUUGAAGAGAUUGUGCGAGCACAGCAGUCUUAUGCGAUUCCUGAUCUUGAGCUGAGAAAUCAAGUUAUAAGAGACGUAAAGAAUGUCAUUGUACCAAUGUACGGACGCUUUCUGGAUAAAUAUCAAAAUACCGAUUUUACAAAGAAUCCAGCAAAGUAUAUUCGUUUUGAUAAGGACAAGAUAGAUCGAAUGAUCAGCCAUUUAUUCGAGCCAACUGCUUAUUAA